UUGCAAAAUCACUUUUAUUAUGCGCCCGAUGUUUAAAGAGAAAGUUUCGUGCGUAACAUGUAAUAUAUGUUUAAGCUUAUAGAGUAAACAUGUUGUGAACAUAUUUUAGUUAUUCCCUUUACAAUUUUGUAAUCUCAACGGACAUAGAGAAUAGUAGACAUACAACCUAUUGCGUCGUUGUCAAAUCUUAUCUUAAUCUAUUGUGUCUUAAAUAUCUACGUUCUAUAUUUAGUUUUUUUAUUCUUGAUAAUCGGAAUUAAACGAAAGGUCAUCAAGUUUUAAUAAAAAAAUCUUAUAUAUGCUACUAUUUUCUUCAGUGAUUUGCAGUUUCACAUCUAGUGACGUUGCUGAAAUAUGCAAAUCCGAGAAAUUUUUAGAUCCUAAAAAUUCGUAUAAAUAACAGAAGCUAUAAUUUUAUCAUUUAAAUAGCAAAAUCGAUAUCUAAACGAAUUAUUGAAGUGGAGGAAACUUUUGUAAUAUUAAGCAAUAGAAAUGUAGAUUCUUGUUGUUUCCAACGGAGAUGCAUAGCUACGUUUAUAUCUCUACUUGAAACAAUUAGCAAGGCUAUCGCGGCAGCUGUUUAACAGUAGCUUUUCUUCCCUUUCGAUUCGUAUAUGUAAUUAUUCGAUAAUGACAAAAGUCAUAUCGAUAACAUUUUAUUCAUUAAUGUCAUUAUCCUUCAGCAGGCACGUCUAUAAUUAAUAAAGCUGAAAGGUAACAAUAUCUGUAUAUAUCACGCAGGCUCGGCCAACAGUUAUUAUUACUCCUGGAACAAACAAGCUGCUUGCCUACGCUAAAUGCAGAAGAGCUAAUUUUAUCCGGGGUAAUGUUAUAUUACGUUAUAUCUCUACAAAGUUUGUAUCUAAUAAUAUUUAUGUCGCGGUUGCGUAUCAAUGAAAUUUCGACAUUGAUAUAAUCAUAUAAUAUUUGUUAAAUAUUAUGUUCGUUUAUUGUGUAACUCAAAUCUUAUAUACUUAAAUAUAUUUUCUAUUAUGUUCCACAUGUUGUUUACUCUCUUACUUAUUUAUAACAUGGAGUCACAUAUGUCAUCGUAUACUAAAGUUCAUUAAAUGACUUAGCACUUCCAGAAUAAAAGGUUAAACAUUUUCGGUCGAGCACAUCGCGCUCUAUCGUCAAAUUUUUAUCUCAGUUGGACAUUUUUUGGUGAAAGAUUAAAUAUAAUAAUUUAUGUAAUAUUAAAUAAAUAAAUAAAAAUUUUUAUAAUUGUAAUUAUAUAUAUUUAGAUAACAUAUAUUUGACCGAAAAAAAUGGUUAUAUUAAAUUAACAUUUAAGUUCUUCGGCAUCGAUAAAUCUCAAUAUAAAGAAACUGUAAUUUCGAACGUUAAUGUUCAAACGCAAUGUGCAACUUGUUUUGUUCUAUGUCCGUUAUGCUACUCACCAUAAACAUAUCAAUCAUUCUAAUUACAUUCACUAUAUUUACAAAAAUUAAAGCUUUUAUAAGCUUUUACAAAUGACAAUUGACGAUAAGUAUAAACACUUUUAUAAAUUCAAAAAAUUCUUUUUUGUUAUUUUAACACAAGCUAUAACUUUACACAUAUGUACACAUUUACGUAAUAUCAAUUGUAAAUGGUAUUCUAUCUUACUUGUUAUAACAAUAAAAAAAUAAUUAAUAUAAUAGAACACAUGCCUGUAUUUUAACAACAUUCUAUCUCGACUUUCUAUUUUAAUCUUUCAAUUUGCUUGGAAAGUAAAACUCGACAUGUGAUCAAAGAGAACUGCUAACAGUCAAUAAAAGUUCUACCCGGUUUUCAUUUCGCACUGGCGCAAUUUUUGUUUGACGAACAAAUACAUGGUUCAAUGUGGUUCACAUAAAAAAGAUUCAACUAAGUAAAAUAAAGUUUCUCUUUCCUAAAUGUUAAUUUCGCGAUCGCUGUUUAAAUAUACGUUUAUAUUCUAUCGGUACGUACGGUGUAUCACGAUUAAUUAUCUAGAUUAAAAAGGUUUAGAUUAAUUGUUCAAUGAGUCGAAUUAACUUAUUAGCAAGGAAUAACAUGGUGAAAUAUAAUCUUGAUCAUUUAAUAAUCAAGACAGUUAAUUAUUUACAACAAAAUGCUUAAUUAAUCGCGAUGGAGCGAGCGAACAAACAAUACGACGCUUCCACGUUUAAGCGUCCCCAUAUCCUUGCACCAUUAAUAUUUAUAACAGCGUUAUCAUCAAACUUCAUCAUCGUUUGCCCAUCAAGGGUCUAAAUGCGUGGCCGUCACAAAGAGAAAUCCUAAAACAACGUCCCUGUCCACCCCAUAGUUCGUGUCGCCGCCACCACUGGCCGGCAAGCAAGCACAGGCAGGCUGGCAGGCUGGCAGGCAGACAGGCCAGGGGUGCAGGAACGAGCGGGGUCGACCCUGCGCGCAGCCUCCCCAGUCCACCCCGAAGAUUCAGUCGUCGUGCGGCAGAGGAGGGCCGAGGAGCGCCCGGUCGAAGCGCCGAGGUCCUCUCUCCACUCUCGUCGUCUUCUAUCUCCACACGCGUGUCUCUUUUUAUCCGCCUCGCGUUCUCUCUUCGUCUGGACCAGACUGAAAACGACCGGCUCCCUCUAUCGCUCUCACUCGCCCUUCCCCCCUCCUCUCUCCCUCUCUCUUUGUCUCCCUUUCUCUCUUUAUCUCCCUCCGCGAGUCGCGAGUGAAAACGAGCCGGGCAGCGCCGCGCCGACCUUCACCAUUUUGGUACACGCAGCACGCGACGUACGGCCGUAAAGCCGCACGUCCACACCACCGAUCCUGACGAAGGGAAUCCGCGAGAGGAGCCCUCGCCGAAUUUUGCCGGAAUGCGCGCGGGGCGGCCGGUCCGCUGCGUGAAUUCCGUGACGAAACGACGGCGACGCCGGUCUGGGGGUUGCUAGCCUCCCUCAACUCCGCCUCUCAUUCCUGUCACUCUAUUCGUUUCUCGCUCGCGCUCUCUCGCUCCCUCUCUCUACUACGAAGGGUGGGUGGUGAUACGCCGGUGGCAGUGGCGGCAGUACUGUGUGGAUGCUUGUACCGGUGGGUGCUCUCUCUAGUGUGGUAGUAAUAGUAGUGGUCCCUGGUGUUGGUGACGAUGCUGAUGCUGCUGCUGUUGGUGGUGGUGGUGGUGGUUUAAAUUUCAGCCGCGUGCACGGGUUCACCUACGUGAGCCAUUACACGGGUCCUCGGCUUUCUCGCCGACUGGGAAGGCUAUAUGAGCGGUCACGGUCCACGGACGCAAAUUCUGACCGCCUUCGUCUACGUAUUCCUUUCCUCUCAUCGCAGUCGUCGUCCUCGUCUCCUCGCAUACCAUCCGGUGUGCUGACGUGUGUCCGACGUGUGCUCGCGCUACACGCCGAGGCUUUGCUCGCUCAUCUCCGACCGAAAUUUCCGGUGCGUUCGAUCCCUACGUGACAGCACGGCCAACCAUAAUAUCGUGUAUGCGCGUGCUUUGUUGAAAGGAUGCAUCGUACCGCCGCUGCGCUGCCCUCGUCGUCUCGUACUGAUUGCUGAGCUGCGAAAUGCGAAAAGAUGUCAGGAUGUAUCGUUGCACUUCGCAAAUGCCGGAUGAAAAUCCCGCCGUUCUCAGCGAGAUCACAGCGGAUAACUGGGGGAGGAAAAUGCGAUAGUCGAGAUAGAGGGCUAUUUUUCAGGAUUAUUCGAACAAUUUAAGAGAUGGCUCGAGUAUCAAUGACAAGCAUAUAGUAUCUCUAUUUUAAACACAAUUUCAGCUUAUCAGGAUUACGUUGCUCGCUUUAAAGAUGCAAGAAAAGUAUAAUUAACUGCUAAUAUCACUUCGGAAUGUAUUACAAGUUAAUCGUAGGUACUAAAAUUAUAUCUUGGUGACAAAUAAUCUGUCGCACUUUCGGACACUUGUGAUGAUAUUUUUUAAUAAAAGCUUUUUCCCUCUGCUGGAGAAUUCCCAGAGGUGCGAGCCGCACCUGGGCUUCGCGCUCGGUGUUCAAUGCUUUGACUCGAGUUUUCGCGAGAGUGCGAGAGCUUUCUGCAGCAACAAGCGUGUACGUGCCCGUAAGCUCAAAGCGGCGUGGCACGAUCUCGCGAGAAAUCUAUUCGAGCGAAUCGGCGGCGGCGUCGGCGGCGGCGGCGGCAGCAGCGGUGCGGCACGAGAGACUUCCGAGGGGAAUACGUGCAACGCGAGAGAUGCCAGCCUUCGUACCGUUCGCGCCGCAUCCUGGGAGAUACGUCACGCCGCGGGAACUACGACGACUACUACGUUCGUGGGAGCACUCGGCGGUUUUACACUUUUCCACUAAAUCAGCCGUUAACGUCCCUACGGAUGCCCCGAUCUACGAUCGAUAAGCGCCCGCGAGAAGCGUCUCAAUUCGACCGUCGUGAUUCUUUCGUUGACGUCGAACGCCUCCUCCGCGGCGGAGGAGAGCGAGAGAGAGAGAGGAAGAUUCCUCGCGAUGCGCGUGACGGGGAAGACAUACGAGCAAGAAAUGGAUGGGAAAAGUACGUUCGAAUCUUAGCCCGCUCUGCCCCGUAAAUAGCGUUUUGUAACCCCCGUCACGUGAAAUCGAUAUCCCUUAAGAGCCGGUCCGUGAGGUCGUUCGUCAGACCUCGGUGCUGCCUGUUUCAUCCCCCCGUGCAAGUGGAAGAGAAAGAAAGAGGGGGCGCGCGCCGAGUCUGCGGGGAGUCUGCGGGUGGAGGUCUGCGACAGGAACGGGGCUGAAUAAAAGAAGAUGCACAGGAAAAGGCCAACCUUCCUCACCGACAUGGGACUGCUAAUGUUCUUAGCGGUAACGGCCUCUCUGUUGGGUUAUUGCCAAACGGACGAAAAAGUGUCGUUUUACGGGGCGAGCUACAUCCAUCUUCCGGUUCAAGAGGCCAAGAAUGCUACUGACAUUAGUUUCCGGUUCCGAACUCAUCUCGCCGAUACUAUGCUGCUAUUGGCUGCUGGCAAGACGGAUUACUGCCUGAUCAAACUUGAGGCCGGUAGAUUGAAGGUACACAUUAAUCUGGGCGCUGGUGAGAAUGAGAUGGCAAGCAUCCGCGGGCUGACACUGAACGACCUUAGCUGGCACGAGGUCAAUUUGACAAGACGCGAGGCCAACAUCAGCCUGCAGAUCGAUGUGAUAUACACAACGCGGUCCCAGCUGCCGGGUCGCUUUUUCGAGCUGAACAUACACUAUGGCGUUUUCAUCGGCGGGCAGGGCGACUUCAGCGAGCUAUUUCUAGGUCACACGGAUUAUAUGAGAGGAUGCAUGGCUGACAUAAUUUACAACGGCGCCAAAGUUAUAGAGCACGCCAGGUCGAGGAAGGGCCAGUCGGAGGCAACAGCCGUAACGUGGGGCUGCUCGCCGGAAUUCGACGCCACGAGGAGCACGGAAGUCAGCUUUGUCGAGGACGGCGCCUUCGUCGCCAUUCCGCGCCCCAUUCCGCGCUCCGGUUCAAGAUGGGAAUUCGAGCUGAAGACCGGCGCCGACAGUGGCCUGUUGCUCUAUAACACGGGACAAUCAUCUUACGCCGAUUAUCUCGGUAUCGAGCUGUUCGAGGGUAAAAUUCGACUAUUGAUGAACAAAGGGAACGGUCCGACUGAGUUGACGCACGGUACCGUGGUGGCUGACGGUAAAUGGCAUAGUGUAAUUGUGGAUUUCAAUCCGAGCGGUCUCGGCAUCGCCGUCGAUCAUCACGAGAAAACAAUGGCUCUGCCGUCCGGCGGCAAUCGGUUCCUCGACCUGGCGGACACAUUGUACAUCGGCGGCACGGAAUUGAAUAAGCGCGCCCGGGCCUUAGGCAAGGGUCUUAGAUCCGGCGACCUGAGUUACAAGGGAUGCAUACGGAACAUGGUUCUCGAUAACAAAGACCUCGGUUUACCGGACGUCAAGGUCAGCCAGGGUGUCGUCGUGGGCUGCGUCUGGGGAUAUCCCUGUAUCGAGGCCGAUCCUUGCGUAUCCGGUGCAUCGUGUAUGCAACUAGGUGUCAACUCGUUCAGGUGCAACUGCGAGCAGUCACUGUGCAUCAAGCCGAAUUACGCCGAGGACUACAAGAUUUACUCGAAUACCACCCUCCCUGUAAAUUUGGAAAUUCUCUCUCUGAGUCCUCUACUAGUCUCCGAGGGAGAGCACGUGUUGGUAACGAGCGAAAAUAUCGCAAUGGUGUUGGACAUCGCUAAAUACGGCGUGGAAGAAACUGGUGUCACGUUUACCCUGGUGACACCGCCAACUUAUGGAACGCUGGGAUUAGAUCUCCUAACAUCUCGAAAUGAUCAUUCUUUCACGUUGCAAGACAUCAAUCAGGAUAAGAUACAGUAUAUGCAUGACGGUAGCGAAACCACAGAGGACAGCAUGAUUCUGGAAUUGACGUUGGUGGCUGGGGCAGGCUAUACGCUUCCAGGAUACCUCCAAGGACGUCUAAGAUUCCCUCUUCACGUUAAUGUCACUCCUGUCAAUGACCCGCCGUUACUCGAGAUACCGACCGCAAAAGUGCUGCGUCUGGCCCAAGGUACAAGAAAAACACUGACCAAGGAGUUAAUAUGGGCUAUAGACGCCGACACCCCGUCGGAAAUGCUGAUUUAUACGGUUUUACGAGCAGAUACUGACGCCGGGCAUAUCGAGAGAGUUACUCAUCCGUUUCGACCUAUCGACACGUUCACGCAAUCCGAAUUAAUGCAAGGUCUCAUCGCCUACGUACAUCGUGGAAACGCUAAACCGAACGCAAUGUUGGGUUUGCAAGUGAGCGAUGGCAUCGAGAGUAGUCAGCCCGCGUAUCUACGUGUAUCAGCUUACCCGUUGCAAAUCAAGCUGACACACAAUACCGGCCUCAUUGUGGUGCAUCGUUCGUUCUCUUACUUGACACCAGCGAAUCUCUCAUUUGCUACAAAUUCGGACGACAACACCAUUGAAAUUCGUUACGAUGUCGUCUCGCCGCCACAAUUUGGUGUUUUGCAGAAAUUAAAGGACUCGAAUAGCUGGAUGAACGUAGACCAUUUCACCAGUCGGGACGUAGAAUUGCACACAGUUCGUUACCUUCAUAACGUCGGCAGUCCUAAUCAAGACGAAUUCAAAUUCCAAGCGAGCGUGCGCGAAGUGAAAACACAGCAGACCUACGACUUCCGGAUUACUUUCAUCGAUCUCGAGUUAAAGGAGACCAGAAGAGUACCUAUUAAUCUCACCAAUACGUCGAACAUCACCAUCACGAGUAACCACUUGAGGUACCAGACGAAUCCGCUAGUUACGUCACCAAGUAAGAUCAUCUUCACUCUUAUAACGGGACCAAGAUACGGCAAUUUAUUUAUAUUCGAACAUAAACUCGUGACGGGUCAUGCCUUCACGCAGGAAGAUAUCGAUACCGAUAGACUGAGCUACCGUCUGUUCAGACGAUCCUAUUCCAAUAUCCUCGAUGAAAUAACGUUUAAAGUUAACGCACCUCAAUGCGUCGAUAUAUACGCCAAUUUGAAAGUUCGAUAUUAUCUUGGUAAGAACAGCAAAUCGCUGGAGGGCGUGGAGAAUUUGAAAGUUGACGAGGGCUCGAAGGUACCUCUGAGAAUCACACAUGUGAAUCCAAAAGAAUAUGGCGUAUUCUCUCUGAUGUACAAUCUUACCGUGGAACCGAGUCACGGCUGGCUAUCUAUUGCGAAUAGUUCGAUAUCGCAGGAUCAAAAAAAUGUCUCAUUUUUUACCUUAGAAGACGCAUUGAGACAGACAGUUUAUUAUGUGCACGAUGAUUCCGAGACAAAAGAGGAUUCUUUCGAGUUUGUCGCAAUCUCCAUGGAUUCCACGGAUUUUAUGUAUGUCGGGAAAUUUCGAAUCGAGAUCAUCAUGAAAAACGAUAAUCCGCCAGAACGAACGGUCGCCAAAAUUUUUCAUGUCGUAUCGAAGGGCGAAAAACUGAUAACAAACAAGGAUCUGGCAUACGUGGACAAGGACAUUGGCACUAAAGUAAGCGAGCUUAUUUAUACCAGAAGGGAUGCUCGGAAAAGUGGAUUGUACAGGAUAACUAAUCCCUCGGUACAAAUACGUGAAUUUUCGCAACAAGAUAUCAACGAUGGCGUGAUACUCUUCCGGCAUCAGGGGGAUGAACACGAGAAAAUUGAAUUCGGCAUCACAGACGGUCACUUUUACAGAACUGGUGUUCUUGAAAUUGAAGCCAGCCCACCGUACAUCAGAUUACGCGAGAGUAAUGACUCGGUUGUUCAAUUUAACAAGUCCGUGGUGCUCCGAUCGAAAGAAUUGGAGAUAGAAACGAACGUGUAUGUCACUGAGAAGGACAUAAAGUGCAGCGUGUGGGAGAAACCGAAGUAUGGUAUACUGAUAAAACACGGUAGAGAGACAAACAGUUUUACGGAGGAUGAUCUGAAGCACGGUAAUGUGCUGUAUAAGCAUCUGGGUGGUUCCUCAACAAAAGAUACUUUUAGAUUUAAAGUGUUCGUUAAGGGCGCGGAUACCGAUGGUUUGUUCACAAUCAAAAUUUAUCCAGAGAGCUAUUGGGAAUCACUGAUUAUUCAAAACAACAAGACGAUAUUUGUCGAGGAAGCCACUAGCAUUCUCUUGAAUCGAAAGAGCCUCGAAGUAAUGCAUCCUAAAAUAUCGCCAACCGAAAUUGUCUAUUUCGUACGAGAAUGGCCGCAGAAUGGUUAUCUGGAUUUGCAAAUUCACGACGAGCACAGCGAGGAGACGAGGGAAGAGUACAGCGGUACCGCAGUGAAGCAUUUCGAGCAGAGUCUGAUAAACGAUAAUCGCGUCUUCUACGUUCAGUCGGUGAUGAAUCAGACGAACGAUCGUUUCAUCGUAGAUAUUACCAACGGUAUUACGUGGUUACGCGGUCUAAGUGUGAACUUUGUAAUAGUGCCGGAGAAACUCUAUGUUGAAGCGAAGAGCUUCACUGUGGUGGAGGGUAAGAGCGUGAUAUUGAGCGAGACGAACUUCUUGGUUGUGACGCCAUAUUAUGCCGGCAAGGUAUCGGAUUAUAGAGUGGUAGAGAAGCCGAGGCACGGCACAAUUCUCGACUCCACGAAGAACGUUCAAGUAAAGAAGUUUUCGCAGAAACAUCUGAACGCUGGGGUCAUAUUGUACAAGCACAACGGGGACGAAUUUUUGAACGAUUCCUUCAAGAUGAUAGUCACCGCCGGUGAUAAGAUGAGCGAGCCCUUUAACGUACCAAUUAUCGUUCAGCCUGUUAAUGACGAGAUUCCUGUGCUAGUGAAUAGAACUCAGCUAAAUGUAUGGCAAGGCGGAUCCGUUAUUUUGACGUCGACAAACUUAGCAGCUGUAGAUAAUGACACUGCCCCAUACGAUAUAACAUUCAACGUCACUGGAGUGAGAAAUGGAUACAUCUCAUUAAUCACUUCACCUGACAUGGAUAUUUAUAAUUUUACACAGAGCCAAAUCAAUGAAUUACAAGUGGUAUUUACGCAUACGAAUGGAUCUGACGGCGAGUUUGUUUUCGUUUUAAGCGAUGGCGUACACGCGACAAAGUCUUACACGAUUUUUGUCGCCACAAAGCCAAUUCAACUGAACAUCGAACGCAAUAUGCCCCUUAAUGUCUUCCCCCUUACUAGGAAAUUAAUAUCAGACAAACUCUUAUUAACGACAUGUUCUGACGAAGCGAGGGAGAUUAGGUAUAUUGUGCGAAAUGGGCCCCAUUUAGGCAAAGUUAUAAUGGAGACAAGUGAAGGGGUAUGGCUUGAGGUCGAGCGAUUUACUCAGAGAGAUAUAAACAAUAGCAAAGUGAUUUACGAGCACACCAAGCAGUUCAUGGACCUUACGGCCAACGACUCUUUCACAUUUGACGUCGAAACACACUUCACUGGAGCUUUAACAAAUCAGAUUUUCCAAAUAGAUAUAUCAGUUUCGAGCGGCGGCUUAGAUAGAUAUAUUUCCACGAGAAACGUGAGAGUCAUAGAGGGUGGCUCGGCGGAGGUAAUUAUGAAUAUAAGUGGAAUCGUAUCGUUUUUACAAAUUAACGCCGGAAUCCCGAAUCCUGCGGUAUUGUCGAGAUUGGUUCACCAACCCAGUCACGGACACGUGAUGCUCCUACCGGAUUUAAACGUGACCACUUUUACGCAACCGCAAAUCGAGGGCGGAAAAAUCGCGUAUUUCCACGACCACUCGGACACUUUGGAAGACCGCAUUCAAUUCUCGCUGUACUUGACACCCGGCCACGUGUUACUUUGCAACACCAGUAUUCCCGUCGUCAUCGAGCCGAUCAACGAUCAGCCUUUCAAACUUAUCACCAGCAAUCCGUCCAUCACGGUCGUGCAAAAUCAAAAUCAGACCAUCACCCGGGAGAAUCUUUUGACCAUCGAUCCCGACACUCCACCGGAAGAAAUUAUAUACGACGUGAUUUCAGGACCGACAUUCGGCAGAUUACUGCUUUUGCCGUUCGACCAAAAUACUUCGGAGGUGCGACCUGUUGAAAGAUUUACGCAAUACGACGUGGACUCUAAUCGAGUGGUAUACGAACACAAUGGAACACUGCAGACCGCUUCUUUCUACUUUAGGGUCUGGGACGGUGCCUACACUCCGAUCUAUACUGUCUUUAAUGUCAUUAUUUCAGCUAUACGAUUGAACGUGACGGUACCCGGUCCGAUAAAUUUGCAGCAAGGCUCGAACGUGGCACUUAUCUCGGAGAACGACGUUAAGCUUGACACAAAUGCGCGUCAAGAUCUGGUUACCUACGAGAUUACAACGCAUCCGAAACACGGAGUAGUAUACGUACGGGAUGACGCCGCGGUGACGUUCAAGCAGACCGAUCUGCUGUCGAAAAGCGUGAUGUUCAUGCAAACCGACAUGACAGUGUCGAACGAUAGCUUGGAAUUGUCGGCGCGAUUGAGCGGCUUCGAGCAGAAGCAUAUACGGAUAGAGAUCAAGGUCGUGCCUCUCAUGAUCAUGAACUCGAUGACGGCGUUGGCGGGUGAGAGGAAUCGAAUAACUCUACAAUAUCUGGACGCGACCCCCCUAGCGAAGUUAACAACCAGCAAUCCCCUUUACACCAUCGUGAAAAAGCCAAAAUACGCGAAGAUCAAGAGGAUUAUCAGGAGCUCCUCGUCGUCCGGCGAGAAAAGGGGCAUGCGCGAGCGGGAGGUGACGCGUUUCUCACAUCAGGAAAUUAUUUCUGGGGUGAUACAUUUGGUAUGCCGAAAAAUACCGUCGCUAGACGGUGUCGCGGACAGUUUCAGCUUCAUCCUCGCGGCGUCCAUUUUUCAGCCGGCCGUGGGCGAUUUCGAAUUCAACAUUAAGCUCGACAUAGACGAUGACAAUAUCACUUUGGGCGGUCCAAUGGAUCCGGUCGGCCACGAGGGCGAGAUGGCGAUCGCGCCGAAUAUGAGCAACGAUUAUCUGCUGAUUCUCGGAAUGUUGCUCGGUGUGUUCCUUCUCGGAGUGGUCGUGAUUAUCACGAUUAGAUGUCGGCACAACAAGUACAAGCACGCCGAGGAGGAGAAAGCGGAAGCUACACCCGCCAUCGGGGUGAUGCCGCUUCCUAGACCUCCGGAUCACUUGAUGCCUGCCACCCCACAUCUAAAGCCCUUCGAUAAUGAUCACAACAGCGUGACGGCCAGCACGCCUUUGCCGAUGCUGCCCUCGACAUUACCCCAGUGUAAAGUGAUACCCUUGAGCCCUCUGGAAAGCAGCUCGGAGGUCGACAUGUCCGCAAGAUAUCCCUACGGCGUGGCGGACGGCGAUGAAUGGAGUAGCUUCGACACUUCCGAUCUACCCUGCCAGUCGGCUACGACUCAAAGGACCAAGAAAAACCCGUUGCUAAGGAGGGAUCAAUACUGGGUCUAGCAAGAGAGAAACACGUUGCGGCUCACGCGAAGAAAGCCGUAGCGUCUCUCGGCGUAUUUCGUGCGUGAAAUUGAAACUAUCGUGGAUAUCAUGGACUUAAUGUGCCUAGGGAAAGUGAAAUCUGCGAUGAAGUUUGUGGAAGUCGUUUGAUCGAAGCCCGAGAUCGUCGCGCCGCACGUGUAUCGAACAAAUAGUGAAGUGACAUUCGAUGUUUUGGUGGAAAACUCAGCGAUCGUUGGCAUCCGUUCUCGAUGCGCGUUCGAUUUUAAUUAGGAAAAGCGAAAGAACUUUUAUAUUACGAGGGGAAGAAAUUGAAUAGGAUCGAUGAUCGAUAAUUCGCGAUCCGAGAUCGAUAGUUCGCAGUGUCUCGUGUAUUAUUAGCUCAAAAUGAUAUAAACAGGAAACCUAGAUCUUCUUGAAUGUCACGACUAUCGCCGCUAUCACGAGCUCAAUGUGCCUAAGAAAUGUCUGACUCUGCUGACAUUCUUUUCAUUAAUCACAACGCGUCGAUUUUUUCUUAUGCCCACACUACGUCUCUUCCUUCCGGCGGAUUAAUGAAAUAAACUCGAUUGUUAAAAGGCAGACCGAUUGUUCACUAAAGAAAGACUUUUUCAUGACAAAUUCAAUCCUGGUCUAAGCGAAAAAUCCGUCGGUUUACUGGCUCGUUUUAGAGUGCAGAUUUUCAAAAAAAAAAAAAAAAAA